GGUGCGCCUGCGCAGAAGGGAGGCGCGCCAGGGCGGCUGGAGCGGUUCCCUCGCAGGCGGCGCCAUUUUGUGCUAGGUGCCCAGAUAAAACCGGCCCGGUUCUGUGUGAAGUGGGCGGCGGAGCCACGGUCCCUGGAAUGGCGGAGACUCUCUCAGGACUAGGCGAUUCGGGUGCGGCGGGCGCAGCGGCUUUGAGCUCUGCCUCGUCGGAAACCGGGACACGGCGGCUCAGCGAUCUGCGGGUGAUCGAUCUGCGGGCGGAGCUGAGGAAACGGAAUCUGGACUCGAGCGGCAAUAAGAGCGUUUUGAUGGAGCGGCUCAAAAAGGCAAUUGAAGAUGAGGGGGGUAAUCCUGAUGAGAUUGAAAUUACCUCCGAAGGAAACAAGAAGACAUCAAAGAGAUCCAGCAAAGGUAGGAAGGAUUUUAUAAGCACUGCUAAUGUUAAGAACUUUCUUCACAAUUCUUUCCUUUGCCAAUGAGCCUGUUUAGUUGGC